AUGAAAAAUAGUAUAUUAGCAAAGAUACAAACAAAAACUACAUCAUUAAUAAAAAUACAACAGCCUAAUUGUAACCUAAAAGAAAAAAAGUUAGUAAAGCUCAAACAUACAAAAAAGACACAAGAAAUACAAAAAUAUAAACAUACAAAAAAGGAUACAAGAAUGCGAUUGACAAUGAUUAAUGACACCACUGCGAAAACAAGCAAGCAGACAAGAAAGCAAGAAAAUGAAAAGGCAAAAGCAAGCAAAGAAAAGCGAGCAAAAGCAAAAAGUGAAGCAAGAAGCAAAGGCAAGGCAAAAAGCAAAGCAAAAAGCAAAGACAAGACAAAAGCAAAAGCAAGCAAGCAAAAAACUGCAGACACAAAAGCAAAGCAA